CGGCGUCCUUGGCAACCAGGUUUGGCGCUCGUGAAUGGGAACCCCCAGCAGGUUGAUUACCUGAGAAUAUGCCUAUUACCAGGGUGCCUGUUAUAAACAGAUUUGGAGUAAUAUCGACCUCUUACCAUGAAGAGCUUUUGAAACGUAGUUCAGAAAAUGUAACUGAAGUAAAUAUUAAAAAGCCAAGAAAACCUCUGUUAAUCACAAAAGAGUUCAUCAAGAAAUUCAAUAACACCGAAAAUCCACAGGAUAAGAAGUUCUUACAGGACCAGGCUAUAAAAAUGCUAUUUAGAUGCAAGAGAAGAUUAGGACUCAGCAGCCUGGGUGUGGGUAGUCAUGUAGAUCUUCCUGCUGCAUGGACUGAGGCAAUUUAUUUAGCGCAGUGCAAAGGAGAAAUCCAGGAAGAAGCCCUAAAUAUGCUUUGUGCUUCUUUGGAUCACGCCUCCUUGAACUGCAGUCACCUGACAACACUAUUUUUCAUUGCUGAAUCAGUUUUGUAUAGAAUCUGCUGUGAUGCAUCCCAGAAAUCAUAUUUAUAUUCAAGUGAAAUAAAAUUGACAAAGAUUGGAUUUUUGACAUUUUUACGGCUCUCUGUUUAUCACCUGUAUGGUAAUCUGGAAGGUUUUGAAGAACAGUUAAUCAGACUUCAACCAUAUUUAUAUGCACUUUGUUUUUGUGAAGUCACCUACUAUAAGUAUCCCAACAUCUUUUCAAGUAUGGCUUUCAUACAGAAGACUGGUGAAGUCAUUUGCAGUCCAAAAAGGUUAUCUGUAGACCCUAAUACAAAGCAGAAUCUGGAUUUUCCUGGCAUGAGACACAAAUCUAAGCCUUAUUCAAAAAAACAGGAAGUGAGUCACCUUCUUUGGCAUUGCAUUGUUGUUUGGUCUUGUGUACAGAACCAUAGGUCUCAGUUAAAUGAAGUACUUGAACAUCUCCUCGUACAUAAAGAACAGCUUCAGAAAAAAUUCUGGUUGGAUUCAAUCCUUGGUUUGUUUAUCCUUGGAGAUGCUGCAAAAUUAAACACCUCCUGCUUGAAGGUUUUACUGAGUCUUGGGAAAUAUUUUAUUUCGAGUUGUAUGCCUCCUCAGAAGCAGGAAGAAAACAAGGAUAAUGACUCUUCAUGGGAGUGGAUUAUAGCCUACAUGUAUACAACUAUUCUUGGAGACAUUUGUCUGCAUGCAACUACAUCCAGUUUACGGAAAAUUGCUUUCAUGGGCUUCAGUGACUGUGACAAACUCUCAGAAUGUCUAGAACUAAGGACUACAAAAUCAACAGAACGUGUGGAAUUAAAGACAGCAAGUUUUUUAGACCUUUUAAAGUAUUUCUCUUCACAAAUAUCAGAUAACUGUUGUCAAAUGAACUGGACUGUUUACUAUGGCUUAGUAUACAAUCUAGUGAAAAUGACCAGAGAACUCUAUGAAGAUGAGAGGCAAGAUGGACUAAGAAAUUUAUUGUGGAAAACCUUACAGAGAAUAAAAGAUGAUGAGAAAGAUAAGCGGAUCUUGAGCGCUAUAGAUAUAGCUGAGGCUGAGCUAAAAGACACCAUCAAUCCUUUCAUUUGUUCAAAUAUAAAAGCUGAAAGGAACCAAACUUUCUUCCAAUAUGUAGGAUCUAGACUUGCCCAGGCACUUUCUAAACUGUUUUUACCACCUAUUGGCCCAUGUAGUCUUCUUCUAAAGAGACAUGGAAAGGAGCAAAAGCAGAUGAAGUAUCAAACACCAGAACAAAACCAGAUAGAGAAGAAAGUUAUACACAUAUUCUUCAGGGAAAAAUAUCCAGAAAAAGAAAUAGUCCGUCCCUAUCCAGAUAUCGUUACCUGUGCAGAUAUGGCAUUGAGAACUAUUGUUGAAAAGCAGUGGGAGAAGGACCAGCAGAUUAGACUUCAGGAAGAAGAGAUACUUCAGGCCCAAGAAAGAAAACAAAAAAGAAAAGAGGAGCUAGAGAGCUAUCGAGCAAUGAUGAAAAGAAGGGAAGAAAAAAUACACAAGACAACCAAACCCUAUGAACUACCUUGGCAGACGCCAUCUGAAGAAUCUGAAGCAAUGACUGGUAGUAGUUCAUCAAAUGAUUCAAGAGAGGAAGAGGUAUACAGUAUAAGAAAACUUUACUGUAAUUGA